AUGGGCAACUGUCUGACUUGCUUCAAGGAGCCUAACCAAACGGCCCUGGAGGACACAGUCAAUCACAAAGAUAAGGAAGAAAUGAGCGAGGCCCGUCUGUACCCAGCGCCUAGCCACCACGCCGCCGCUAGAUCGGCCGCCAACGAGAUCCGCCUCGACAACGGCAACCAUCUGCCGACCGCCCCGCCCGAUUCGACCUUGACGGCGACCUUGACCUCGUCGGCGACCUUGACACGGCCCGCGGUGGUCGCAAACGCCCGCAAGAGCCACCCGAAGGUCGUGCUGACGAUGGGAGUGGCAGAAAGCAAGCCUUCGGAGGCCAAACUAGCGGCCCUCUUCGACCGAUACCGAGACCCCUGCGAAGACGCUGAAGAAGAGGACGCCAUCUUGGCCGAGGGCAUCGAGCAGCUGUGCAGGGAUCUGCAAGUCCCGCCCGACGAUUUCGCCGUGCUGGUGCUAGCGUGGAAGUUGGGCGCUCAAAGGAUGUGUCGGUUCACGAGGACGGAGUUUGUCAGCGGGUUGAGAGCGAUGCGGGCCGAUUCGGUCAAGGCCAUACAGACCCGCCUGCCGGAAGUGAUCUGCGAGCUGGAGCGAGACCGCGAUCUCUUCCGCGACCUCUAUCGCUUCACGUUCCGCUUCGGUCUCGACUCGGCUGAAGGGCAGCGUAUCCUGCCCGCCGACAUUGCGCAAGUCCUGUGGAAGUUGGUGUUUACGAUACGCGAGCCGCCCAUUCUUGACAGGUGGCUGUCGUUCCUCGACACGCAUCAGUCUAUCAGGGGCAUUCCGAAGGACACGUGGAACAUGUUCCUCAACUUCUCCGAGCACGUGGGCAACGACCUCAGCUGCUACGACGACAAUGAGGCGUGGCCUAGUCUCUUCGACGAUUUCGUCGAGUUCGAAAACGACCAGGCCAAUCAGAACGUCUCUAAAGAGAUGGAGAAAGAGCGCGAAGAAUUCAUCAUUGCGGAGAAUUGA